UGAGAAACGUUCCCUUCACAUCCCUCCUCUGUGUCUCACAGUUCUAUUUUCAGCUAUUUUUUGUCUAAACACACACACACACAUAAGUUUAGAGGAGGGUAACACAGCAGCAGGUCCCCACAUUCCUCACCCUGCUUCAGCCAUGGUCAGGGAGGACUGUCCAGCUGGCACAAAGUGGGACAGUCUCGUCGUGGCAUGUGUCGUCAGCGAGUCCGAAACCAGACCUGGACCAGAAGCAGCAACAGAGAUGCCUCCUGUGGGCCGGGUGAGAUCCACGGACCCCCCUGCCCAGGCCCACUCAGUGAUGUUGUUGAGUCCAGCUCUGUGGAUAUUUGUCAUGCUGGCCACACUGGGCUCCAUCUUGGCUCUCGCUCUCUGGUUUAUCAUAUACAAACGACAGACCAGGCACAGCACCACCUCAGUGGUCUGUGUUGCAGAGGAUGCAGGAUUGCAACAGGAGUCUCUCCAGAAAACAGAGCCAGCUUCCAAAAGCCAACAACCGCUUUCAGAGAGAAACGGUCCGGCAGAGAGGUCGCAGAGGGCAACGUGGGCCCCCCCACCCUGUCCUCACCUGCACCUCCAGGCCCAAACAGGCACAACGUGGGAGGAGGGCUUUACCGCUUGCAGCGACCUCGCAAAGCAUGCUGGGACAGAGGGGGUCAGAGGGUUGCCUACAUUCGGCACAAGGGAACACAGGAUCCCACUUCCUGCCACAGAGCUGGGUGGCACUGUCUUAGUUACAACUAAAACCGUGUAGGGCUUUCUGCAUGUACUCUACUCAGUGUGGGGACUUUUCAUACAAUACAAAUUUUGGAUAUCUUUCUUUUUUACUUCUACCGUUUCUUUCUUUUGUGUUUUUUAAGUGUUUUCUUGUAGAUUGGUGUCCUUAUACCAUGUAAGACUGUUUAUAGUUUCUUGUACUUUAUUACAAAGUGUUGUUAAAAGACCAAACAAAAAAACUGCUCUGAUCUUGUGCCAUAUUUCAAACAUCAUUUAAUAAAACACAAGACAAAAAUCA